AUGGGAACUCAAGCUCCUGAUGAAGAUUCAUACAAUAAAGAUAUGGAUGAAGAAAGAGCGAGACAAAAACAAAUCGACGACUGGCUUCCCAUAACGUCAUCGAGAAAUGCAAAGUGGUGGUACUCUGCUUUUCACAAUGUCACGGCCAUGGUCGGAGCUGGUGUUCUUAGCCUCCCUUACGCCAUGGCUCAGCUCGGCUGGGGACCGGGUGUAGUAAUCCUGAUUUUGUCAUGGAUCAUAACACUAUACACGCUAUGGCAAAUGGUGGAGAUGCACGAGAUGGUCCCAGGGAAGCGUUUCGAUCGCUACCACGAGCUUGGACAACACGCGUUUGGAGAGAAGCUCGGACUCUACAUAGUCGUCCCGCAACAGCUGAUCGUGGAAGUCGGCGUUUGCAUCGUUUAUAUGGUCACAGGAGGCAAAUCUCUCAAGAAAUUUCAUGAACUCGUCUGCGAGGAUUGCAAAUCAAUCAAACUCACUUACUUCAUCAUGAUCUUCGCAUCCGUACACUUCGUCCUCUCUCAUCUCCCUAACUUCAACUCCAUCUCCGGCGUCUCUCUCGCUGCCGCCGUUAUGUCUCUCAGCUACUCCACAAUCGCGUGUUCAUCCUCACUAGCUAAAGGCGUUCAAGAAAACGUGGAAUACGGUUACAAAGCGAAAUCUACAGCAGGAACAGUAUUCAACUUCUUCAGCGCGUUAGGUGAAGUAGCGUUUGCUUACGCGGGCCAUAACGUUGUCCUAGAGAUCCAAGCCACGAUCCCUUCCACGCCUGAAAAGCCCUCGAAAGGACCUAUGUGGAAAGGAGUCAUCGUUGCGUACGUUGUCGUCGCAUUAUGUUAUUUUCCGGUCGCACUUGUCGGUUAUUGGGCGUUCGGAAACUCUGUUGACGACAACAUUCUUGAAACACUCAAGAAACCGGCUUGGUUAAUCGCGACCGCAAACAUGUUUGUUGUGAUCCACGUCAUUGGUAGCUACCAGAUAUAUGCGAUGCCGGUUUUCGAUAUGAUGGAGACGUUAUUGGUUAAGAAGAUGAAUUUCAAACCGAGUUGGAUCCUCCGGUUUGUUGUCCGCAAUUUCUACGUUGCCGCAACCAUGUUCGUCGGUAUGACGUUUCCGUUUUUCGGCGGCUUGUUGGCGUUUUUUGGUGGGUUUGCGUUUGCUCCAACAACAUACUUCCUUCCUUGCGUAAUGUGGCUUGCCAUAUACAAACCAAGAAGAUACAGCUUGUCUUGGUGGAGCAACUGGAUAUGCAUUGUAUUUGGCCUUUGCUUGAUGGUGCUAUCGCCGAUCGGGGGGCUGAGAACGAUCAUUAUUCAAGCUAAAGAGUACAAGUUUUACUCGUAA